AUGAAACCGAAUAGACAAAUAAGCAUAUGGGGCAACGAGGCAGCGAAACCGCUGAAACCAGAAGGAUGCCAUACAACUGGACACCGAAUAAAAAAUAUAAAUUUACUGGGAAGCAGAGGAAAAGUCAGGGAUAAGAGGGGCAGCGUCAAACCGGCGGACAUCCCCAGGAAGAAUCCAGAAGAAGAUAGAAACCCGAAAAGGAACCCCCUGAAGCAACAGUGGCACCCCAUUAAAGUGCCAGGAAGCCAGAGUUCGGAAACCGUGAAGGAAACGGAAAAAUACAGCCAACAAGGGGGAAAGAUGAAGAGGAGAAGAACAUAG